AUGUUCGAUCCACGACGGUUGAUAGAGCCCACUAAUGUUCCCUUCGGAUGGGCUACGAAAAGUCUGGAUGGAAGAGACGAGCGGUGGGAUGGAUUGAGGAGAAAGUAUAGUAUUGCCGCAGGCCAUGCUGAAGUAAUUAGCGGAGCUGGAUUUUUGUCGUAUGUUCUGAGAGUGGUCUUCGUGUUUGAUGGAACAACGGAACGGUUUAGUGCAAUCCUGAAAGUCCCUACUGUUGAGAAAUUGAUGGCCGCCCAAAUGGUCAUUGAAGAAGUAAGUUUUACACACCAUGAUAUGCCUUAGACUCGGCUGUCGACUUCAUAUUGCGUAAUAAGCCGUUUCUUGGGGAUCUCUACUUUUUUAUAGGCUCCAAAGUUUGACAAUAUAUUGAUCAAGCUUCACAAUCAAGAGAUUUUGUUUUAUAAAGAGAUUGCUAAUAAAUGUGAUGUGUUCUACUUUCCUAAAAUGUAUGCAUACGUGGUCAGUGACGAAAAGAACGCUACACAUGGCAGAAUACUUGUUGAGGACGUUGGUGACAAAGGCAUGUUGCCUGAUGUUCUUCAAGGAAUGGAUUUGAAACAGGCAAGAAUUUACAGUUGACUUGAUCCACCAGCCAAAAAAUAAAGUCGCUGCAAAAUAAAUCCCUCUUCUGACCAAAAAACACUUAUCUUUUUUAUGAAGGCGCUUUCUUUGAUUGGAAGAGCGAGAUAUUUCGCUAAUAUAUUUCGGCAACACUGUUUACACUGGACUUAUAAAUUGCUGGUUUUUUGCGAUGAGAAUAUGUAUUGUGUCUGGUACGUAAUACCUUCGUUUUUAGUGUACAGAAGCGAUCCAAGUACUGGCAAAGUUUCAUGCAUUCACUUUGCUAAACCUUUCCGAGGAAUUUCUCGAGAAGCUCAAAGAAUGCAACACGAAUCAAAAAGAAAAUAUUGGGAUGACUCCGGCAACUUAUGAGCUCGAUCCGUAUUUUAUGGAGAACCGCGAAGACUUAAAAGAAAUCGCCGAAAAACAUGGCGAGGUGGAGUACAACAUCCAUCGGUUGCACGGCAUUCCACCUGUCCUUGUGCACGGCGACUUCUGGGGCAACAACAUGUUUUUUGAAAAGAAAAACGACGGAAGUAUGGGCGAAAAGUUGUUUACAGUAUUCGAUUGGCAACUAUUACGUCCUGGGACUGGAAUGGGAGAUAUUGCCAGAUUUCUGGUCGUGUCAGCGACGGCUGAGGUUUUGGCCAACAACCUGGAAGGUAUACUGAAGCUGUAUUAUGACACCAUGCAGCAAUGCUUGCAUAGAAACGGAGAACGAAUGCCUUACAGUUACGAGCAGGUAAAUACACAUGUAAAUGAGAAACUUUAAACAGCGUAAAUAUAUUAAUAACAUUUGCCUGCUUGAUAUCCGAAUAUUCAAUAGUUCUAAAUAAUCCCAUAUAUGUAAAACUAAUGACAAUUUUUCCAUUUAGAUGAAAAUAAUGUUCCGAUACGAGUUCCCAUUUGAGUUUGUGUUUGCUGCGAUGCUCCUUCCUGUUAUGGUUCAAGGAACUGAUAACGAAAAGGUCAAGCAAGGCGUAGUCAAUCGGCUGAAGAUUGGCUUCGAUUAUGUAAAGAAAUUUUCUGAUAGACUAACACAUUAA